GGCGCCGCAGGCCGGCGGGUGGCGCGGAGCCGCCGCGGAGCUGGAUGGAGCCGCCGAGCCCUGGCGGCCGGGAGCGGCUGCGGGCAGCGCCGAGCGGCAGCCGCCGGGCCGGGCCCCCCCCGGCCGGCAUGAGCGCAGCCCCCGCGGGGCAGGGCCGGCGGCGCGGCGGGGGCACGGCGGGGGCCGGGCCGCACUGAGCGCCCGGCGGGGACCCCCUGGCCCCGCCGCUCCCGGGGGCGGCCGGUGCAUGGAGCGGCGGCGGCGGGGCCGGCCUGGAGCGCCCGGGGCGGGUGGAGAUUUCUUGCCCUGGGAGUGAGAUGAAUGGGGCUUCGUUAGACAAAGGGUCCCAGUCAGCAUUUCAGUCCCCGAGACGUGUCCAGGGACUUCUCAUUCUUUGUCUGAAAGGGCGACGGUGCCGCUUUCAUUAGAGAGAUGCUUGCGAGAGCCGGUGCCGCCGAGCGGAAAGGCGAGCAAGAAGAGCUGCGUCAGCUGAUCGGCUUUCAAAUCACCUUCAAACCCUCGAUUUCCUUAACAUGAUCCCUCCAUCAGCCGAGUCUCCAGGGCACGGCCGGGGGGCUUUGCCGGGAGGAGAAUAAACAGGGGACAGCGGUGACAGCCAGCACUGGAGAAACCCCCCGAGCACAGCAGGGGGGCCUCAAAAUCCACCCCUGCUGCCUUCCCCGAUCCUCUGGGAAUUUUUAGGAUCAGGCAAUAGCUUUGCGUGGCUUCACCCUGCAGCCCCCACUGUGCUUUCGGGGCACCCAGCUGCUCCCCCGAUACACCCUGGGAGCCACCUCCAGCCUGGGGAGGGGGCAGAACCCCCCUCGGAGCAUCCCUGGGGCCAGAGAGCAGCUGCCCCGCGGCGCUGGCUGCCGGGGAAGGGAUGAAGACGCUAUGGCCAAAUUAUUGGUAAAACUCCAGCGGUAUUUUCGGCGAAAACCCGUGCGUUUCUUCACGCUGCUGGCUCUCUACCUGGCAGCUGGCAGCUUGGUUUUCCUGCACUCGGGCUUCACCGGGGAGCCCACGGUGCCGGGGAGCCAGCGCAGCCCCGGGGGCGGCGAGGGGCCGGGGCUGCCCUACCUGGGGGUGAUGCAGUUGAGCCGUGGCUUCAAGGCAGCGGUGACGAUGCCGGAGGGGGGACGGCGGCAUGGACCCUGGUUUAAAAGCACCUCCAAGGAACUGGCAGAGAGGGGCAAAGCUGGAGACUACGGCAGCACCCGGAGCCGGGCACUCAGGGGUAGGAGCGGCCGUGAGAAGGAGGAGGACAGAGCGAGAUACAUCGGCUGCUACGUGGACAACACUCGCCGGCGAACGCUGCGCGGCAUGUCCUUCUUUGACUACAAGAAGAUGACAGUCUUCCGUUGCCAGGACAACUGUGCUGAACGGGGCUACCUCUAUGCAGGGCUGGAAUUUGGCGCCGAGUGCUACUGCGGGCACAAGGUCCAGGCAUCGAACGCCAGCGAGUCCGAGUGCAACAUGCAGUGCAAGGGGGAGAGGAGCAACACCUGUGGCGGAGUCAACCGCCUCUCCAUCUACCGCCUGGAGCUGGCCCAGGAGUCUGCCAGGAGAUAUGGCAGUGCAAUAUUUCGGGGGUGCUUCCGCCGGCCGGACAAUGUCUCCAUCGCCCUGCCCGUCACCCAGCUCAUGCUGAAUAUGUCCGUGGACAAGUGCGUGGACUUCUGCACCGAGAAGGAAUACCCGCUGUCAGCCCUGGCUGGGACUACCUGCCACUGCGGCUUCCCCACCACGCUCUUCACCCUGCACGAGCGGGAGGAUGAGCAGCUCUGUGCCCAGAAAUGCGCCGGUGAGGAGUUUGAGAGCUGUGGCACUGCCGAAUACCUCCUCGUCUACCAGACCCAAGUGCAAGACAACCGCUGCAUGGACAGGAGGUUUCUCCCCACCCGUGCCAAGCAGCUGGUGGCCCUGGCCAGCUUCCCCGGUGCUGGCAACACCUGGGCACGCCACCUGAUCGAGCUGGCCACCGGCUUCUACACUGGCAGCUAUUACUUCGAUGGGUCUCUCUACAACAAAGGGUUCAAGGGCGAGAGGGACCACUGGCGAAGCGGGAGGACAAUUUGCAUCAAAACCCACGAGAGCGGCCAGAAGGAGAUCGAAUCCUUCGAUUCGGCCAUCCUGCUCAUCCGAAACCCCUACAAGGCUCUGAUGGCAGAGUUCAACCGCAAAUACGGAGGCCACGUCGGCUUCGCGGCUCAUGCCCACUGGAAGGGCAAAGAGUGGCCGGAGUUCGUGGCGAACUACGCACCGUGGUGGGCAACCCACACCCUCGACUGGCUGCGCUACGGCAAGAAGGUGCUGGUGGUGCAUUUCGAGGACCUGAAGCGGGACCUUUUUGUCCAGCUGCAGCGGAUGGUGGGGCUGCUGGGCAUCACCGCCUGCGAGGACAGGCUGCUCUGCGUUGAGGGACAGAAAGAUGGCAACUUUAAGCGAUCCGGCUUGAGAAAGCUGGAGUAUGACCCUUACACCCCCGAGAUGAGGAAGAUGAUCAGCAGCUACAUCAAAACGGUGGACACAGCUCUGAAACUCCGAAAUCUGUCAGGGGUCCCGGAUGACUACUACCCGAGAUGAUGGUGACAACAGCGGGGGGACCUGACCCUGCGUGGCGAGGAAAGGCUCGGUCUUCCCGGCCUCUGCCUACUUCCACCCAGUGGGUGGCUUUUCUUUUAAUUCUCAAUCUGCUGCUAUUAGCUGUUAAUCAACUCCCUGCAUGAGCAACGAACAGUCCCCAGCCAUCACUGAGCUUGCUUGGCCGACACGGACCCAGGCCUGGCAGCACCACCAAGGGGAUGCGGGUGCCUUCCCUGCCACAGGGUUCCUGCUCCCUCCCGCUCCCGUUUUGGCUGCUGCAGCCCUCCUUAGCAAUGCAAUGAGUUAUUUGUGUCCAUCCCUUUGGGCUGGCGGGUGGGGACACCACCUUGCUCACACCAUACCUGAUGCACCCCCCAGCAUUGGUGUGCUGGCACGGUGCGGCAGGAGCUGAGCUCCCCUGGGGUGGGUAUCCCCAAAAUCCUCUUGCUCCUUGGCCAGCCCUGGAAGGCUGUGCCCCUGCCCAGAUGGAGCCCACUGCCCUUCCCAAGGGAGGCGACACCUGGGGGGUUGGCACCAUGUGGGCAAUGCUCCCAUGGACCCCGGUCAGAGGCUCUGGAAACCAGGCAGGCUGCACUGGGGAGGGCAAUGCCACCAAACAAGGUCCCCCCUGUGCACCAUCCCUUGGCUCCACAGGGACCCUCCCUGAACCUGGAGACGGGGGGGCCCUGAGACGAGGCUGAUGUCCCCAGCCACAGCACCAGGCGAUGCUGCUGCUCCAGCCCCAGUGCCCCGGGGGGGCCUGUGACCCCCACCUGGGGGGCUGCAGCAACCCAACCCAUGGGCCAUGGGUGGGAGCCACCCCCACAUGUGUGGAUGAUGCUCGAGAGAGGGAUGUUGGACACCUGGACAGAAGAACUUACGGGACCCUCAAGCUCACCCAUGCCUCAUUCCAAAAGCUGAGGAGCCAGAACAGUCCCCCCUCCAGAAGCAGUUUUGGGGGCGACGAGCAGGGGCUGUGCUGCAGCCCAGCUGCAUCAAACCCAUGUGGCAGCGGGGACCAGAUCCCGGGGCUGAGCUUGUAGGUGUCCCUCCGGCUGACCUCAGCCCUGCAGUGGGUCCCGCUGCCCUGCCCGCACCCUCACCCGCUGCCUGCCGAUGAGCAAGCGAAACCAAAGGAUGUCCACGUGCAUCGGGAAGAUGCCGUUUGCCAGGCUGGCUUUGUGCAGAGCUGCAUGUGGUCCCCAGCCACCCCCCUUCCCCCUCUCCACCUUCCCAGCCCGUCCCUGUCCUGGCUUUGCUGCAGAUGAGCUCCCCUCCCUCCAACCUGCAAGUCCCCUUUGGAUGUAGGUGCAAAAGCCAUAUAUUGUACGCAGCCUUUUCUAGAGUUAGGUAUUUAAUGAUUGGCUUUUAACUCUUGAUCUUGGUAGAAAUACAUGCACAGGUCAAAAUCUAGAGACACUGCUCAGUCUAUAUUCAAAGAUAGAGAAGAAAACUCCAUGGAGAAAAAGGAGAAUUUAAAUAAAAUAUAUUUUUCUAAUGUGCGUGCAGAGCAGACGUGGGCAGCCAUGCCAGGGCUGGGGGCUCCCGGUCCCUGUUUCUUUGCAUGGAGGUGGGCAAAGGUGUUUCUAGGAGCUGCUGCCCUGUUUUUAACUCUUUCCUUGGCAAAUGGCUGGAGGUUUUCUAGGAGAGUGGGUGAGCCCCGUCCCAGCAGUGGGGAUUGAGCUGAGCCCCCUCUCCUCCGCUCAUGGUGGCCCCAGGGCUGCCUACCUCAGUCAGAACAAAUCCUCAGGUCAAUCCAGCUAUUAAAGGAGAGUUUUUGUUGCUAUUCUGCUUUCCCGUGUGUUUGUGGGGCCACCUGGGCACCCCCCGCCACAUCCCAGAGCAAGGGCUGGGUGCCCCCCGGGACAUGGGAGCGAUGGGCGAACGGCUCCUCUGCCCCCACCUUGAAUCACGUUCCCGGCACCUAAAGCACUGACACCACCACCAAAGUGGCUCCUUGGGAGUUUUAUUACCUUUAUAGUGUCCUUAAAGACAGGUUUAUUCAGGUGCGUGGUGGGAGUGGGAAGAUCUACUGCUGGCUUUAUUCCCGUUGCCUCCUGUCCUUCCUCGGCUCCGGAGCAAGAGCAGGCUCCAUGCAAUUUAUUCCUUCUCUUGGCCGAUUACCCUCUUACCUGGAGUUGUUGAAAUAUUUUUUUUCUUUUUUUUUUUAAAUAGCAUUGAGUUUGCAGCGAUCAAGACACAUGCUGGGCAUGAUUUGUUCUGAGGAAGGAGCAGCAUUCCCUUCCACCCCUUGCAAGUACUUAAACCCAAAUAAUCUCUGAGAUAAAACACUUCAGAGAUGACACUGCGUGCAGCCAGCGUGCUCCUGGGCUGCAGCUUGUAAGGCAGAAGGGGAGGUGUGGGGAGCGGGGAGGGGGGGCUGCCCCCAGGCUGGGGACCCCCACAUCUGCACAGCCCAGGGGGGCAUUGCCACCCCCACCAAACCCCUUCAGACCCCAUAGCGAAAGGACAGAGCAUGCUCCCUGAGCACCAGCAGUGCUUAUUUUUUCUCUUUUUUUUUUUUUUCCCUCCCCCCUGUAGCUUUAAGGAUCACCGAAGCUUAAUGCCUUUAUUUCACUGCAAUUUUUUUAUUAUUAUUAUUUGCAAUGAAACGGAGCAAUUGGAAGCUGUUACCUCCCUGUCAGUGUGUGCUACACAUCUGACUGCACCCCCCCACCCCCCUUACGAGGGUCUGUUGCCUUUGCCUCAAAUCAGGCUAACAAAGGAACAGCAUCCACCAUCCUGCCAGCAGCUGCUGUCCCCAUACGUGCAGCCGAGCCGCCAGCAGAACAUGAAGGUUUAUGGUUUAUCUCACUUUAUUUAUUAAAUGCCAGCCUAUAUUUUUACCACAUGGGACUGGCAUGCAAUAAUAAAAUUUAUAUUCCCCCUGGAAAGAGAAGCCAACCGUCCUUUCUGCAUCAUUUUCAUGUGCAAAACUCUUGACAUUUAAUAGCUGCCCUGCUCCACUGCCUCCGUAAUGCCAUUAGGUUGGCUUGUUGGAGAGCACCGAAAUGCACAGGCAGGGUAGGCAACACUCGGUGUUUUUACAAUGAUUUUUAAAAGCAGCAAAUUUUUCUGCUUGACUCAGCCUCAGCAAGCCCUCAGCAUCCCUGCGUGGGAGCAGCCAGCUCACACAGCCCCAGUGUGGGACUGGGGGCCACUGGGGGGUGACCCUGAUGCCCUUCUCCGGCUUCCUGCACUAAAAGUCAUCUAUUUUCUGCAUUUUCUCAUCCCAGGAGCAUUUUCUUGCCUCCCUGGGCCUGCACUGGCAGAGGCUGCAGCAUCCUCCCUCCUGGGCUGGAUGGGUUACUCAGCUGUUGCCCUAGCAACGGCAUUUGCACCAAAACUCCCUUAAUUUCCCCCAAUUCCAUGUGGGUUUUGGGUUCAGCAAGCUGGUCCCUGCAGUGGAGGAGAUGAUGCUGGAGGAGAUGAUGCCAGAGAGUGGCUCGGGCUGGGGCUCCCUUCCACGGCAAAGGCAGCAGAUGCCCUUUUGGGGUGAAUUCGGAGGGUUCUAGGUGAUGUAAAUGAUGCUGAGGGGCUCAGAGCAGGUCAGAGGGAAGGGGCUCCCCUUCCUCCCAAAUUAAAUCACAGACAAAGUUCAUGCUGCUGUUUAAAUGAGAGGGAAAUAACCCACCUCAGCAGCAUAAUACAGAAGCUGCGACAGCACUUUCACAAAAGCUCUAUAAUGUAGGAGAGAUGCGAGUUAUAAAUCUGAGCAGCAGUAAUAUUCAUCCCUGACAAAAGAAGCAUGUUUAUUUAUUGGCUUUACUAUUUUCCGUAAAAUUUACAGUUGACAAUCUGCCUGAAUGCAGCAGAGAUAAUUUAAACAUGGCUCCAACUCGCCUGGCAUCGAGGAAAGGGUAACAUGUUUAUUCUUUUUUUCCCCCCUUAAUUCCAAUUCCAAAUAAAGGGAGUGAUUUAUCGGAGAAGGAAAGCACAGCUUUAUUUCAGGGCUGUGACAGCUAAUUGAAAAAGAACAGUCAUUAAGGGCGGUAAUGUGUUCCACAGAAAUGAUUUUGGUAUAUUCUGGAGUAAUUUCCCAACCGCUUGUGUGAAAUGAGACCCAGCCUCAUGUUUCAGGGACUGCUAGCGGUGGGUAAUUACAGGGGGGCAGCAGCGGGGAGGGGGCCCGGAGAGGCAGGAGGCAGGUUUGGCACGCUGCGGGGAUGUGCCGGGCGAGGACCGAUCCUGCCACGGGCUCCCGGCGUGCUGCAGCACCGACACCAGCAGGCUGGGGUGCCGAGCCCUGCGGCACAUGGGGCACGUGGGACCCCGACGGGCUCGUGGGAUGGGGACAGGUGGGAUGGCUGUGGCUGGGGAAUGGGGUGCUGGGGUUGUGGAUUGGGGUCCUCGACUGAGGGUUGGGGUCUCGGCUCCAAAACGCACUGCUCUUCUUUCCCAGCCAGCCUUGACCUACCCUAAAAUAUUGAUUCCCCACGACAGCCUUCAUUACCCCUUGACUUUUGGACGCUAAACCCAGUACACCCCCAGUUACCACCGAUUCCACCGACCCCUGCCCCAAAAGGGGUUGCAGACCCCGGCUGGGAGGCGGCCACCGUGCCACCCAGCCCUGGCGCUGCGGCUCCCACUGAGCCUCUGGAUACUAAUUACAGUUUUUGCAUCUCACCCUCGAGUUGGCCACGAUGUCAUUAGCCUCCUGCCGGCAUUAAUCAAGAGGACAGCGUUAAUUCAUAGCUAAGGACAUCUCCCAGCUGAGCGGUGAGGCUAGCAGUCCUUGCAGGAGCGGGGUGGACCAGGGUCAGCAGGAUGCCUCCAAGGACCCACAUUAUAUAUUAUGUAUAAAUAUAUAAUAUAUUGGACCUUCCCAUCACCACAGGGGACUGCGGCUGACACGGCAGGGUGAGCUUCCCUCCCCUAAAUGAACAAAAAAAAAAAGAACUAAAAAAAAAAAAAAACACCCAAAAAACAACAGAAGAGCUGAAAGGAUGCAACUUCACCCACCCCAGGAGAUGUCAGGGCUGUAGGCAAUUUAGGCAAUUGCAGUUUAGGCAAUAUCAGAGGAAUUGGGGCAAUAUUGAGCUGCAUCUUUUUGCCACUCUGCCGAAAGGGAAAGAAAAAUCUGGCUGGAGAGGCUUGUGCGCACGGAGGGGAUCUGCUGCUGAAGUUUUAUGAUGAAUAUUUCUGCCCUGUUUCUGUUUUGUAUAUAUGCAUUUUUAAUGCUUUCUGUUUGAUCUGUUUACUGCCUGCCUUGACAGGUGACAUGGAAACAGAAAUCACUGAUAUUCCCUGGGGAGGCUCGCUCGGUGCCUGGCAAGUUACGGGGUCCAGCAGGCAAAAUUCGGGGGAUUUUUCCUUUUUUUUCCCCAUCCUCAUCCCAAACCCUGCCGGGAUGUGGGGGGCAGCAGGGGGAGGGGAUGGAGCAGCAGCACACUGCUUGUCCUGGGGUGUCUGGCUGGAUGUUGGAAUCGAGGGGCAGUGCACCCCCUCCCCACUACCCCGACCGCCCCCAAAACCAGCCUCAGGGACAGGGUGGGUCUGUGGGCGGUGUGGAGGGUGCAGGAGGCGAUGGGGGAACGAGCCUCCGCUGCGCGAGAUGCAGCCAGCUCCCAAGCAGAGACUCUUCUCAGCGCUGGCAUUAAUAAUUCCGCUUUCAGAUCAGUGUAACAGAGCGUUUGCCAGGUCUUACCUGACAGAGAACACGCCGGGCUGACUCGAAGCUGGGGGGAGAAGCUGGCGGCAGCUUGGAGCACUCUUAACAAAGCCACCCGGGGGGAGUGGGCAUCGGCCCCCACUGCUGGGCUCAGCGCUGUGUGUGAGCACAGGGGAAAUGAUGCUCUUUCAGCUUGCACAGAUACAUUUUUUUCCCCCCUAAAAAGCCAUUUGGCCUUUUCAGGGACAAAUUAAAGGGGGAAAACCCACAGAGAGCAGCUUUGGAAGAUCUCCCAUAAGAGAGGCUCAGAGCAUCCUGCUCCCAUCUUGGAAGAUGCUGUGAUGGAGGAGGCUGCAGGGGAGGAAGGCUUUGGUGGUGGGAUGAGGCUCCCAUCUCACUGGUUCCUGGCCAUAAAGUCCCAGCCCCACAUCCCUGUGCCCUUCCGCUCCCGGCUGCUUUCCCACAAUUCCAAAUUCAAUGCCAGGGAUCAGGAAUACACACUAGGAAGGGACUGCUUACUGAAAAGCCCUGGGAUCUUCCCACUCAAGGCGACGAGCUUGAGCACAUACUGGGGGUAUUUGUAUGUAAAACAGGUUUUUUUAUUAAAUAGGCAAACAGCUACAAAGACGAACUCAAAUAUUAGGUUUCCGAAGCUGUCAUUGUAAUGAUGGUUUAACCCAAGGUUAUGUACCAAGUCAUCACUUUUUUUUUUUUUUUUUGGAAAGCUGUUUGCAGUAGUAAUAGAUGGGCUUGCAAAAUCCAGCUACAAAAAUUAGUGAGGAGCAUCCCCACUCCAUCACAGCCUGGGACCCUCAUGGUACCAGACCAAGGGGCAAUGGCAUGGCACUGGGUCCUCGAGGGACAUGGGCUGCCCAGUUCCCCCCUGUCCCACAUGCCUCCAAACCCAUCCCAUGGCAGGGAAAGGUGAGCCCAGAUGCACCAGCUGUUCCUGCCCCAGCUCUUCAGCUGCCCCAAACCCCCAGCCCAAAAAACAUCAGUGGCUGCUGGCUCCGGGGUGCACCCCAUCCCCCAGAACAGGUCCUAGGCUCCUGCUCUAGUGCCUCUGCUAGUUCUGCAUGUCCCCCUCGCCUUCCUGAGUGGCUGUCUGUCCAUCUGCCCUGUCCAUCCCAUCAUCCGUCCUGUCUGACUGCUAACAGGAACCCUGCGACCUUUCAGCAGGUCAUUCAAUACUGUGUAACAUGAGCAAGGGGAGCCUCAUCCCACUGUCACAGCCUUCCUCCCCUGCAGCGUCCUCCAUCACAGCAUCUUCCAAAGCUAUGGACCAUGCACAGGUUUGGUGGGAAAAACCUCUGCAGAUGGUCCCCACAAGUGACCUCACACCGGGAGCAGACCCGAUCUCGGCCAUGGUAUGUGGUGCAGCCCAGGGAUGGGGUGUUGCUCCCCAGGGAAGUGGCCAGGGUUGCUCAGCCUGCCAGAUCCCAUCCCCUAGGAGAUACGGAGAUGCUGGGUGCCCUGCAGGCACCCCACGUUAUUGAGAGCAGCACCCAACAGGUGGCACUGACCAAUUUGCCAUUAAAUUCUCUUAUAAUCCCCAUUCCCCCACUGUGUUCCCCUUCUGGGCUCAGGCUGGACACCCUUUAGUUUCAGGAUAAAUCCCCCCCAACUCUGCGUCCUGUUUUUAGCAGACCAGAUCUGCAGCAUUCCCUGCAACACUGGUGAGGACAGACAUCUCCCUGCCCCAGAGUGGGGUACAAACAUGCCCCGGCACACACCAGCCGGCAGCACCAAAACCCAGCCAAACACACCGGAUCCAUCAGCAUCCCUCUCCUAGGGAUGCUGCAGGCAGCGCCUCAUCCCUCUGCUCCGUGUAAUGGGAAAGGAGCACAUGGCAGCUUCAUGGGGUGCAGGUGCUCCCCUCGCUCCCCAUCAUGCCAACACUAACGAGGUUAUGCAGAUCAAGGUAGAUCAGCGAGGCAGUGCUGGGGGAAGAGGGGAUGCCCCAUAAUCUGUUGGAAAUCCAGCUCCAUCCGCUAUGAUCCACGGCAUUCCCGCAGCGCGGGGCUGCGGCUCCAUUACUGGGGCUUAGUGAUUCAGUGUGUAUCUGCCUGGCAUCAUCUGCCACUGACGGGAGCCUGUAAAUAGCUCCGUGCCUUUUCCUGGGAGCUCUCUCAUCACUUUUUUUUUUUUUUUUUUUUU